AUACACAGAUUAAACCUUAAAAAAGGAGAAUAUUGUAACAACAAAUGAGAAAUAAUGAAAGGGUGAUCUACUGAAACUGAAUAUUUUAUUUUUUAUGAGAACAAAAUUAACAGGCUCUUUCAGCAUAGAUCAAAACCAAAUGGAGAAUUAUUCGCUGACACACACACACCAGAUAAAGAACAUCAAGUUAAAAAUAAAUACACAGGGAUUUUUUUUUUUUUAAUCUGGUUAGUGAAAAUAAAUUAUUCAUGAGUGGUUUAAAUAAGGACAAGUUUUAAUUUAUGGACUAUUUCAAGGCUUUAGAACUCAACUAAAAAGUUACAGUAAAGUUUUACUGAGAAAAACAGCAGAUAGGAGACUACUUGACAAACAAGUAGAAAUUAAAAUCUGCUAUACAUACACCUAAAAAGAGAUAAGAAAAAAAAAUCUUCACUUCCUUUUGUCAAACUCUCAUUUGACUAUGAAAUUGGUUGACUGAAACGGCUGCAGAAGUAAAUUAUGUUGAAUCCAAUAGAGAACAAAGUGCUGGAGGAUACUCCAGCUGCUGCAGUAGAAAAAUAAAGUCAGACUAAAGGUUUCAGACAGAUGAAAAGGCGAACAGAUGAUAAAACAGGACGACAACAACAGCUGCCAGGGAAACCCACAGUUCAUCAUAUUAAGUGCUUCAUUAAGUGCUCUGGUCUGAUUUGUUGGUUUGUUUACUUGUUGGAUAUGCAAGGAUGUGCAAUAUGUGUUUUUAUUGAUCAAUAUGUGUAUUUAGAUUUUAUUGUAGUACUAGUGUUCAACAUUGCUGUUUGGAGUGUAUUUAAUUUAUCAUUUUUAGUACACGGUGUCCAAGUUAAAUCUCCCAUAUGGGGACAGUAAAGCAUAGAGCUAUCAUUUAUCUGUCAAUAAUGCAUUAUGCACAAGUAACUUGUAAUUGAAUUAAAAAAGAAAGAAUGUGUUUAUCUAAAAACAGAAUUAGUGUGAGAUGCUAAAAAGAGAAGGGAUGAAAAGAAAAAUACUGAAAAUCUACAAUGAAGGUAAAUUAUAUUCUAAAAAUAGAUUGUGUUUAAUGCACAAGCAAAGUUAACCAAAAGGAUUUUAAAAGGAUUUUUGGUUGAUACGCUAUAAAAUUUGUCUUUAGAGAUUAACAUGCUUUAAUAAUAGAUAGAUGGUCCAAACAUCUUUGGGGCAUUUUGUCACCUUCUGUCACCUUCAGCCACUUGUUUUUGCUUCCUGUAAGCCUUGUCACAAACUGCUAUCAGGACGUCAAAUGACUUUGUGGUCGAUUGCUUUCUUAGUAUUAUUCUCCUGUAUAGGCCAGAUUUCAAGAGAGCAGAAGUUACCCUGAUCACAUCUGAGCUGCGGAUCUCUAGUUCACAUCCAUAAUUCAAUCCAUCAGGAAGUAUAUUCUGUUCCAGAGAUACUGUUCGUCUUCUUGCUGUUCCUCUAUUUAAUAAUCUCCUCACCCAUCAAUGUAGAUGGAUUUCUGUCUUUCGAAACAUGCUGUUGUGCCACAGUCUUCAUUUCCAUGCUGUUUGCUCACUAAUGUUCUCAAACAAAUCUACACAGCCCUCACUGAGCAGCUAGAUUUGUUUUAAUUAAGUACUUUAAUUACUCGCAAAUGGACAGUCUGGAGAUAACUGGUUGCACUGGAUUUUAUUUAGAUGCACCAGAGUAAAUGGGGAAUAGAAUUAAAAUGCGGCAAACAUGUGAAAAAACAUGCACAUUUUCCUUCCAGAAUAUUCCAAAGUAUCACGAAUAAACAUGGCUUCGUGUAAACCAUCUCCAUCUCCACCUGUGUGUUGGUGGAGCUCUUGGAGGCGGACCACCUGCACGUCCCAUCAUCCAUCCAUCACUGCUCCCAUCCAAUCAGCUGCGGCCUGAUGGGACCUGCUGCGCAGUCAAACUGUUUUUCUUCUCUCAUCCUUGGAUACCUUGAGAAGGGAGCACAGACCUGCCUGUUUUCCGUGGCCGUGCCGCUUCUGGUACCCCGACCUGGGCCUGAUGGAGAACACCCGCUGCUUCGCGAACCGCUUCUCCGACUACGGAGGCGCGCUGCUGCCGGGCCAGAGCGCCGAGGCCGUCCUCCCAGCCGUCGUUGCCAAAAUUGACAGGAUCCUAAAAAAGAUCCCGGUCGACAUCAGCGACUGCGAUGGAGGGCUGUACGACGGGCCAGCCGGAGUCGCUUAUAUGCUGUACCACGUCAGCGAGUGUCCGCUGUUCUCCGAGCAGCGGGACGUCUACCUGAAGACGGCCAAGCAGAUCAUCGACGUCUCGGUGAGGUACGCGGACGCGGAGCCUGACCAAAACAUGCGAGCCGCCUUUCUGCUCGGCGGGGCGGGCAUCUACGCCGUGGCCGCGAUGAUAUACAAGUCCCUGGGCUUGGCGGAUUUUGUAAAGCCGCUGACCAAGUUUCGGAACCUGUGGGAGGUGUGUGCGCCCAUCAAUUUCCUGGAGUGCGGCUCGGACGAGCUGUUUGUGGGGAGGGCGGGCUACCUGUGCGCCGCUCUGGUCCUGAAGCAGAAGCUGGGCUUUGAGAUCUUGAGCAAAGAUCAGAUCAAAUCUAUUUGCCAAGCCAUCAUCGAGUCAGGAAAACAAUACGCCAGGAGGAAGAGGAAGCCUUUCCUUCUGAUGUAUUCAUACUAUGGAACAGAAUAUCUUGGUGCAGCCCACGGCCUCUCUUCAGUGCUGCAGAUGCUGCUCAGCUACCAGGAUGUCCUCAGCGGGCCGGAGAAGGACCUGGUGUGGCAGAGCAUUGACUUCCUCAUGACUCAGGAGCAGAACUGCAACUGGCCGGCAGAGCUGGGAGCAAUCAUCGAGAGGGAAAACGAGCUGGUGCACUGGUGCCACGGCGCCCCAGGCGUGGCGUAUCUUUUCGCAAAAGCCUAUCUGAUCAAUAAGAAGCCACAGUAUCUGGACACGUGCAUCCGCAGUGGGGAGCUCGUUUGGCAGAAAGGCCUGCUGAAGAAAGGACCUGGCAUUUGUCACGGGGUUGCAGGCAGCGCUUAUGUCUUCCUCCUGCUUUAUCGCCUCACAGGCAAUUCCAAAUACCUCUACCGUGCCCAAAGGUUUUCAGAGUUUAUCUUCACCGAGGAGUUUAAGGCGGGCUCCCUCUCGGUCACCAGCAUCUACAGCCUGUUCGAGGGCCUUUCCGGGACCGUUUGCUUCCUGGUCGAUCUCCUGCAACCAGACCAGUCAGAGUUCCCUCUGUUCAGCGUGUUUGUGUGAACGGAUCCAGCAUCGCACUGUUUCCUGACCAGAACAAAAGUUAGCAUUUUUACACUUGACGCAGUAACAUGCACUGUAAAACAAGGACAGUGUGUGAGUGGGUUUCAGUUGGAAUAAAACAUUUGAUGCAGUAGCAGAGAAAGUUUUUGCUUUGCGUGGACGUACACCUUGCAGGCUUUAUCAGAAUCACCACUAACAUUUUCUGUUUCACUUCAGUCAGCUAAAAUGAGGCCUCACAGCCACUUAAACCUGAGAUACAUAUUUAUAAGUUUCCUUUGGAUUUCCCUUAUCCACAGAGUCUAAUAGAAUCUCCUCAGGUUUGCUUUAGCAUUAAAAAAUAACAGCAGCUAACGUGCAUAAAAGAAAACAAAUUUGCUCAAUUUGUGAGUAAAUAUAGUUCAAAUGUUCUGAAAAAUGUAUAGCUGCAAAAUAUAUUAUUAAACAUAUUUACAUGAGUGAAAAAAACAAUUAAAUCAAUCCGUAAACACCAGCAGCAUGUACAUUUUGCUAAAGGAACGGUAGUUAGUGGCUAGCACAGCUGCAGCGCUAACGCAAGUUUGCAUAUAAACAGAAACAAAAGCUAUUUGUUUUUAUUCCUAAGGCGUCUCUGUCAGUGAUAAAACAUUUCCGUUGCUCCUGGUGGCAUAAAAUUGCUGGUAAAUUGCUAGCCACUACAACGAUAGCACUAGCUAGGCUAUUAAUAAACUACUCAGCUGAAAACCA